AUGAGAGAAGCCCAAAAGCUACUGAAGAAACACAAUGGAAAUCUCGACUCUGCAUCUGAAGAGUACUUUGGAAAACGGCAAAUUCAAGAUGGAGAUCAUUAUGACAGGGUCUCCGCGGCAUGGGACACUGUGGCUAUCUUUUUACCCGUGGACUACAAAAAGAGCAAGGGCAAGGUGGAAGCAUACGUCGAUCGAAGGCUGGAUCUCAUCAGCUCUUGCUGUCUUCCUUCUGGCGCUGACAAGCAGGAUUCCAAGCCCAGGUUGCUGGACGUUGGGUGCGGCGAUGGUGCUAUCUUCCCCAAAAUAUCCAACCUUGGCUUGGACUACCAUGGAGUUGACAUUUCUCCUGAGAUGAUUCGCCUGGGCCGUCAACGAUUUCCAAACGCCAAGUUUCAAGUGGGAUCCUUUCCUCCAUCUUCAGAUGAUGAAGUGGCGCAAGAUUGCUACGAUACCUUAGUAUUCAAUGGAUCCCUGCAGUUCUUCCCGGAUACGGCAGGGAUCCUGGGGCAAGCUAUGGCGUGCCUGAGACAGUCCCGUGGAGGACGCAUUGUCUUGAGCCACGUGGAAGGAUCCAAGUUUGUACAACACGAAUGCCGAACGAAUCCUUCCGUAGCGGUCAGGAACAUGCCUACAGAGGCUCAAUUGAGAGAAUGGGCGGCAGCUCGAUGGAAUGCAAAGUAUGCAGUGAAGGUUCGGACCAAAGAAGACUUGUUGCUGGAUCAGUCGAUCGACGAGCAAGACCGGGCCAACGAAGACUUCUAUUUGAUGGCGUUGGACGUAGUCCCGAACUAG